UGGUGAGUUUGGUAAUUAAUUAAUUAAAAGUAUAUAAAUAGGGAGCUGAACUCGUUUCCAAACUUAACCAUGGCGUGUCCUUUCAUAGAUGAGGUGGUGGAUGAGGGAGCUAUAGUCUUGCGGAGGGCAUUUCAAAGAGAGAGAACUUUCAGAGACAGGUCAGACCCAUUGGCUUUUAAUGACAGCUACCUGUAUGAGCGAUAUAGGUUCUCAAGAGAUGGGAUUGCAUAUAUUUGUAGAUUACUAAGCCCACACAUUGCAAAUAAAACACGCCGCAACAGAGCGCUCACAGUCCCACAGACAGUGUGCAUUGCACUUCGCUUUUUUGCCAGUGGAACAUUUUUGUACACAGUUGGAGAUGCAGAGUAUAUCAGCAAAGCAUCAGUUUGCCGCUCUGUACGAACUGUGUACCUUUCUUUAAAAAGACUACUCAAUGUGUUCAUCACAUUCCCUGGCCACAAAGCUAUUCGUACCAUUAAACAUGCCUUUUAUGGAAUAGCUGGUUUCCCAAAUGUUAUCGGUGCAUUGGACUGCACCCAUGUGCGUAUUAAGUGUCCGUCUGGUCCACAUGAAGCGGACUUUGUGAAUAGGAAAUCAUUACACAGCAUCAAUGUACAGAUGAUUAGUGAUGCAGAUUGCAUCAUCACAAAUGUAGAGGCCAAAUGGCCAGGCUCUGUGCAUGACUCCAGAAUCUUUAGAGCCUCAUCUCUCUACCAACAACUAGCAAGAGGAGAAUUCUCAGGAGUUUUGCUGGGAGACAAGGGAUACCCAUGCCUGCCUUACCUCUUGACUCCCUAUCAGGAGCCCCAGACAGAGGCACAGCACCGCUACAACAUUGCCCAUGCACGCACAAGAGGUCGUAUAGAGAUGGCAUUUGGGCUGAUAAAGUCAAGGUUCCAGUGCCUGAAGCACCUCAGAGUGACUCCACCUAGGGCAUGUGACAUUGUAGUUGCUUGUGUAGUGCUCCAUAACAUUGCUUGUCUGAGGAGAGAGAGGCAACCAAGGAUUGUUGAAGAGGAAGACUGGGGCAAUGAAGCCGUAUUGGAAGAAAACGAAACAGGCAGACUUAUACGAGACACAUAUGCAAAUAAUUAUUUUGCUUUAAGGCUUUAAAAUUUUCCACUGGCCCCUCAACUUUCUCCUUAGUUGAACAAACACACAGAAGUCAAAGUAUUUAAUGUGAUUUGUCUUUAUUCAGAGUGAAUCUGCCUGUUAGGGGUGAAAACACAAAUAAAUGUUGUGGAAAGUGAUCAAAAAGGUAAUGGUUUUUUUUUCUUUUCCUUUUUAAAAAAUGGUAG